GUGCUGGAAAGACAGACACGACUUCUAGACGAGGGCAGGAAAGCACUCUCACAACCUUCUUACACAAAGUAGUCGGCUCAUGUCCGAAAAUUCGAAGUUAUGCUGCCGCUGUAUGUGGUUUUGUAACUACAGAACUACCCUCCUGAUUAUCUUGUUCUCGUGAUCUAAUUUCCAGAGAUACAACUACUCUACCACGACGUGAUAAAUAUUAUGGUACUGGUAGAAUGAUCAUGUUGUCUCAAUUUUAUACUUAUAGUAUACUUACUUACUUACUUACUUACUCAUUUCGCUAAAAAAUAUUUCCAGGAGGUACUACCACGACCGUGGUGCAUAUCCGUGACUAUUCUUCAGCCGUG